CAACACUCAACACUCCAGCAGCACGCUGGAGGCGUUUUCCUUUCCCCUCUUUCGGAUGCAGAGGCGGUGUUUCGUGUAUUACCCAGCGUUGUCGGCGGUGGAUUUUCUCUGUUUACGAGGGUAUCAUCAAUCAGUGAAGUUCGGCACUCUUUAGUUUGCUAUCCUCGAACUGAUAUCGAGAAACGUGUUGCCGUGCCGUGACACCUGCUGACGCAGCUGCUGGGGGGAAGCGCACGCCGCGUUGAGUCGGCGUGGCCCUUGAUUCUACCAGGGACACAGCGUAAUCGAGCGUAGCGGUACAGCUGCCCUGCCCACCGAUGGCACAUGACUGACCGGAGAUCGGCUUGUUUGCUGCUUCGUGAGUGAUGUGACGAGGCAGUUAUGGACUUGAGGUCAACCGAAUACCGGCCACUCUUUGGCGGGCCCGUCGACAGGCCGCUGUUCGACGACAACAACACGCGGGAACGGAUCCUGCAUCUGAUUAUAGGAGCUGUGACUGUAGUUUUUGUUUUGAUCACAUUUAUUCUUGCGUUCUUUUACUCUGUCCGGCCACCAUGUGGAAGGCACAUCUAUUAUGCACUUUGCAUCCUAUGCCUUUGUUUUGCCCAUGCUAUGCUGAUCCAUUGGUACAGAGAAGGAGGAGUUGAUCCGAAGUUUCGAUACCUCAUUUAUUCUAAUACUGUGAUUAUACACCUGUUCUGUAUAUCUGCCAUCACUUAUUUUGUUAAUGGUUGUUAAAGGGUGUUUUAGAAUGCACUUGGGCAGGCAGUUUGCUGCAUGGCAUAUCUUUGAGGAGCUGCUGAAGACCAACUUCCCUCAAAGCUUUGAAAAAGAAGGUUGGGGUGGAGUUGUGUCCAAGUGUUACAUUCCACGUUGUAUUUAAUUCAUUAACUGAAAUAUCAUGAGGUAUUUGUUUACUACAGGCAAAUAUUAAGCUCCUGUUGAUUACCAGGCGUGAUGACAUACACCACUUGUUGUUAUAGCUGAUUGUUUUAUGUUGCGUAGAUACUUUGUUAAUGUAACAUGGUGCCUGUGCACUCUGGAGGCACCAUGUGUGAAACUAACAUUUUAGCGUUCAUUUUACAAGCAUGAUCAGGAAACUGUCAUGUAUUUCCUGUUUCUGGCUUUGUGAAGUGUGAGGAACCUCUUUUAUUGAUGGAUGCCUGCUGUUUUUCAACUUUCCAGAUGUCUCUAUCACAGUAACUGUUGCAGUAUGUAGCUGCAAUAUAUACGAAUGGUGCCUUCUUUAUGCAUUUGCUAUGCAGCAUAAACGGCCUGGUUGCACAAUAGAAGUGCUUGCAUGUACCUUUUACCUGACAGUGUGGUUAGCAAUGAGCUGUUAUUUUUUGUCUAUUCAAGCAGUGGUCUCACGGAAAUUUGCAUUUUUGUUCUUUUUUUGCAUGCUAGGUUUUGCCUCAUGAAGCAUCACAUUCCAGGCAUCCUCUAUGAUGCUGUUCACUUUUAUCCUCACUGUCAUUGCACAUAAGCAUAGUGCUAGCGUGUUGGUGGAAGUAACAAGUUUCGGUACUUCCUACUGUUCUUUUUGAUAGCUUCUUCUCACUGUCAUGUAAGCAAGAGAUUUUUUUGAAAUUUUGAUCUGUUCGCAGGGAAUGUAUGUUUUGAUAAGGGAAAUUAAAGAUAUACAGGAGCUACCUCA